GGUGGCGGCCAUUUUGAUCGGGCCCCGUGAGGGGCCGUGAGGGGCGGCUAUGGAGGCGCGGCGGCUGCGGGUGCAGGAGCUGCGGGACGAGCUGGGCCGCCGCGGCCUGGACACCCGCGGGCUCAAGGCCGAGCUGGCCGAGCGCCUGCAAGCGGCGCUGGACAGCGAAGGAGCGCGGCGUGGGGACGCGGCGGGCGCCGAGGGCCGGUACGGCCUCGACAACCACAGCCACGAGCCCCAGGGUGGCUACCAGGACCCCCAGGGUGGCUACCAGGACCCCCAGGGUGGCUACCAGGGCCACCAGGACUAUCAGGAGUACCAGGGCCAGGGCCACCACCAGGAGUCCCAGGGCUACCAAGGCCAAGAGUCCCAGGGCUACCCGGGCCACCAGCACGAGUCCCAAGGCUACCAGGGCCACCAACAUGAGUCCCAGGGCUACCAAGGCCACCAUGGCCACCAGCAGGACCCCCAGGGCCACCAAGGCCACCAGCAGGACCCCCAGGGCUACCAGGGCCCCCAGCAGGACCCCCAGGGCUACCAGGGCCACCACGGCCACCAGCAGGACCCCCAGGGCUACCAGGGCCACCAGCAGGAGCCCCAUGGCUACCAGCCCUACGAGGGUCACGAGGCCGAGCCGGGCUACGAGAGGAGAGCCCUGGACCAGGAGCCCCCCAGGCUACCCCCAGGUGGGCUUUGGGGGGGUCUGGGGGGGCAGUUUGGGGGUCACCAGCAGGAGCCCCAUGGCUACCAGGGCCACCAGCAGGACCCCCAUGGCUACCAGCCCUACGAGGGUCACGAGGCCGAGCCGGGCUACGAGAGGAGAGCCCUGGACCAGGAGCCCCCCAGGCUACCCCCAGACGGCCUCGACAACCACAGCCACGAGCCCCAGGGUGGCUACCAGGACCCCCAGGGUGGCUACCAGGGCCACCAGGACUAUCAGGAGUACCAGGGCCAGGGCCACCACCAGGAGUCCCAGGGCUACCAAGGCCAAGAGUCCCAGGGCUACCCGGGCCACCAGCACGAGUCCCAAGGCUACCAGGGCCACCAACAUGAGUCCCAGGGCUACCAAGGCCACCAUGGCCACCAGCAGGACCCCCAGGGCUACCAGG